UCUAAGUCAAACACAAACCUAUUCAUAUAUUUCAUUUUGUAUUGUUUAAGAGUAUUGUUUUUGCAGUAUAGAUUUAUCUUGUGCUUUAUUCAUUGGAUAAACAUUCAUACUAAACUGUUUUAUUGUUAUGAAAAUCCAGGGUGAACAAACACUUUAAAUACCUUCUUUAGUCAACAGAGAUAUUUGCUAUUUACAACAAUGGGUGUCCGGGGUUUGCUGAGUACAUGUUUGAAAGACUCGGACGCAUGCACUUACACGUAUGAUCUAGUCCAAGUGGCCCAGCAGCAUGGUGGACUUGAACUGAUUGUAGACUUCAACUCAUUUAAGCAUCACAUUCUGUUAAAAUUUUGGAAAGGUUUAAGUAAGCUGCGUGGCAAUUAUUACUUGCGUAUUCUCGGCGGGGAGUACGAAACACUGCACAACUAUGUCACAAAGUUAGUGAAUGACCUUAAGUCUCUAGGUAUUCAUCUAGUGUUUUACAUUGAUGGUGAGAAAGGGAGCUCUAUUGAGGCUUUAAGGCAGAAAUUUAACACCUGGAAAGAGAGACAUAUAAAGGAAAUCGAGAGGAUGUCUCAGAUUCUUAAUGUUAUGCGGCAAAAGACUGACAUAAACGACCUGUCCUGGGACACAAACAUUAACCCAGUGCUCCUGAAUGACCAGCUUAUGGCUACCUUGAGGUCAUGUGAGUGUGAGAUACAUCAAUCACCCGCGGGAGAAGCAGAUUUACCCAUCAUCCGAGCUUUAAGAGACAGACCCAAGGCAUUUGCAAUACUAAGCAAUGACUCGGACUUUUGCGUGUUUAAAAAAAGUAGGCUGAUUCCAGAUGAUCUGUUUGACAUUGGGAAUGACCUUCAUCUUGGAGAGCCACGUGAGUUACCAGCAAAACCAUGGAGGUUAUUAGUUAAGGUCAUUUCUACAGAAAGGGUUAUGACCAUGCUGAAUUUGAAAGAACACGGACUUCUAGUAGAAAUGAGUAUCGUUGCUGGUAACGACUACACACGACCAUAUAUGCAAAAGUAUAUCCGCCAUCGCACUUAUUUAAACAACGGGAAAUUCAGUUAUAAUAUUGAUGUCCAGGGAGGACCUCACAUACAGAGCUUUGCACACUGGAUCCAAACAAACCAAACAGCUGAGGAGCAUUGGUACUUGGCUAAGUGCAUGGAAAUGGAUCCUGGAUUCCGGCAGGCCGUUAUCCACAGCAGGAACUUCUACAACCUAAGAGGAGAACCAGACAGAUGUCCCGAUAAGGGAGACUUUUCUUUGAUGAUAGAGGAAAAGAUUCGCUCUGGCCAGUAUCCUUGCAACAUCAUGAGCAUGCACAACAACUUCUACUGGUACCACAUGUUACUGGAACACAAAGACACUUGUGCGGAACGUGCGCUCACACCGCUACGCGCUUACCUAUACCGCAUUGUCCUUCCGAUGGAGGAGCAGCUGGUCAAUGAACAUGGCCGUAGUCCAUCGGAACUUAGUGAAGCUCAGGUGAUAGCAAUGGACGGUGGUCGUGCCCCUCUCCUCGAUAAGAUCAAGCCGGACAGAACAGUAGAGAAUCUCCAAACUUUUCACCGCAUCUGGUCGCAUCAAGAAAAGGGUGAGCAUGUAAACUGGUUCGAGCGCCAUGGGGAUAAAAACGGCUUCAUUGUCUACAUUCUCCGCUACUUCCUGCUGCUGAACUGGCAACAGAACCUCAACGUGACAAAAAACGAGUUCAUUGCACUCGUUGUCAUGGUGAUAGGUCACUGGGAUGAGAAGCACUACCAGGCCAUGAGCAUCCGGCCGAGUAUACGCUGUGUCAACAUCGGCAAUUGGAUGCAGGAUGUGUAUCGCCAUGGUUACCAAAUGUUUGGAAGUGUUCUGCACAUUCGCCGCGAGUUUCCCUUGCCAGGCGAGCUAUUCAGUGGCUCUGUAUGGGCAGCCUUGUAUAUGGUCUGUCAGAGUGGCGAAAAAUUAAAAAAGAAAAAAAAGAAAGCUGCUCUGCCUAUAUGCAAAACAGUGUUGCGCAAGACUCGGAAGAAAAUGAACGCUGUUGUAAUAGACAAACAUGACAUGAUUACAGACAUAGUGCAGGAUGUUUUCCCAUUUGGUGAUUAGUAACUGUGAUCAAAUUAGCAAGGGAAAAUAACACUUGUGGGGUGCAAUAUUGAACACAUCUUCUGGCUGAUUAUAUGAAAGUUAUUAGCAGGCGCUUUAUUUAAAACGAACGGCUAUAGCGUCGAUGACGUUUGAUGAAAAUGUUAUUGUGUGCCUUCACCUUAUAUAAAAUUUCUUUUUGCGGCUUAGUCGCUUUUGUAAUGACUACAUGGCAUUUUGAUCAGACUUUAAACGUCGCAUAACUCAGAAUCUCAGUGGGUGAGCCAUGUAGGUCUCCAAGCCGACGAAGAUUGUGUACAUAAAGUAUGGUUAUUUGUGUUUGAAUUAUCAACUCCAGUGUUUGCCAUCAAUAAAUCAUGAAUUUACUUAUUUUUAUGCCAUUUCAAAAUACUAGUAAGGCACAAAUUAUUAUAAGAUAUCACUCCACGUCUUUAUCAAAAGCCAAAUAGUCGCUUUGGGAAAAUUGAAUUGUGUAUCCUCCCGAAAGGGAGUUUCCAAAUAAAAAUAAUAAUAAUAAUAAUAAUAAUAAUAAUAAUAAUAAUAAUAAUAAUGUUAUACUUACAGGGAAAAAAACUUGAUCAGAACACACUUGUAUGUGCAGUUCUAAAGAACUUUACAAAAGCAUUCGACUGUCUGCCCAAUGAUCUCAAAUUAGACAAGGUUAAUGCAUUUUGAUCUCUCAAUCCAAACAUGUAAACUAAUUCAAAGAUCUUUCAAACAGAAAACAACAAGUCAAACUUGGUCAAAAUAUCAGUGAGUGGAACUCCAUCCUGAAAUGCGUGCCACAAAGAUCAAUAUUAGGGCCUCUAGUCUUCAUCAUCCUUCUGAAUGACAUCUUCUACUUUAUUAAAAAUUCUUGAUAUUGUUAUGGCCACUUUCGAGGAAGAAAGUAACAUUAACAAGCGUUAACCGAUAGGGCGGCCCUAGCGCGUCCUAGUUUACUUUUUAUUUAAAUUUUGGGGUUGAAAAGUAAUAAAAUGCGCCCAAAAUGCACCAUUUCUGUAUGUAGGGGUUUGCCCAUCAUAGGAGCAACCAAGUCUUUGCACGAUUAUGUUUCUGAUAAUGACAGCAAAAGUAGUUAUAUUACAUGAAAAAUUAAGUAUUUUCUCAUAUAAGCAAUUCUUUCCAGCGAUAUUUUGUAGCAAGCUAAAGUAUUUUUUAUAUAGAUUAUAACAUUUAUUUACAAACUACACAUGUGUGUACCAUGCUUUGAUCCCCAUGUACAUAAUGAUACUUACAACUUUGCUGUUUAACAUGUUUACUAUUAUUAUCAUCGAUUUAUAGUCUUGUAAGAACUAACCGUAUGUCAACUAGCGGAACCGUGCGCGUGUAGACUGGCCGUACAGCAAGGAUAACUAAUUGAUAAUAUCAUUAUAUACAUUUAUCUAACCCAUCUUACUUUAUGUAAUUUCCUGCAUAAAUAUAAUAAGAAACGGCUUUUGUAAAUACUGUUUUCUGAUAUGUAGCCUAUUUAAAACUAUAUGCUUUUAUAUCCAGGUCAGCUGCUCAUUGUUAUGUAAUGUCUAUUUGUUUUGCAUGUCUGAGAUUAGCUCAGUGAGCUCUUUGGUGUUUAUCAAGAUUUAUUUUCAAAUAACAUCCCUGGGGUGGAAGUUGUCCCCAUCUUAUACACUUAUACAGGACAACUUUGAAAAUCUUUAGAGACUGAUUAGUUAUAUUAGUU